ACAGUUGGGGGAAGGGGGGAUUAGCUCCCUUCAGAGUCCAAACAACCAACCACUCUCCUCAGAAACCCUCAUUACUAAAUCCAAAACCCAAAAACCGAUUCAUAAUAACAAAAAUUAUUCAAAGCCACCCGUUCUCUUUUUCAGCAUUGCACCAAAUUAUCCUCCUUUUUCUUGUUUUUCUUCUGCACAGCUUUUCAAAGUGCAAACUGCCUCUCAUUUUGUGUUGCCGAACCUUCCUCUCUCUCUCUCUCCCUCUCUAGAAACCCGGAAGGUAGAGCUGAAUGGUAGAAUGAGAUUUCAGUCAAGCUAAACAGUUUCUUUGGUUGUUUGCUAGGUCUGCCUUUUCCCUUUUCAGGGUUUGAAACUCUUGCAUGCGGUAUAGUCCUCUGAUGUUGCUUUUUUGCAUCCUUCAAAAAUCGAGCAAUAUUUUAACCAAAGAAGAGAUUGAUGGAUGGGGUUCCGAUACCGGAUACUGAAGGCUGUAUUUUUUUAAAAAAAAUUGAUGAGGUUCACUGUCAAGAUGUUAUGGGUGAAGAAUAUUGAGAGCAAUGGAAAGGAAGGAUGGUGCUUUGCAAGAAUUGAAUUGCAUGUGAACAUGUGGUUGCAAUGUGAAGUUAGUUUGAUCCAUAGCAGAAAGCAGAUAAACUCGGCUCUGCUCAUUGUGCCUGUUGGGUGUGCAAUAAAGAUGGGUAGCAAUUAAUUUGAACUUAACACUGCUUGAAGGAUUCUUUCAAAGAUUGAGAGCGUGGGAUGAUGGGAUUUCUGACAGAUUUUUCUUGGGUAUUAAACCUCAAUGAAAGGUUGAGGGAUUAGAACAAGUUAUAAAGGAAUCAGAGAUUCAAAAGAGGACUCAGAGGCUCUGGCUAUGCUUAAUCCAUCCAUCUAUUUUCUGCCUUUUCUUUUCCCCUUUUUUCUGAGCGUGGCAUGGAUUUUGCUAGUUUCUUAACAAGAUGUUUUGUAACUGUUGGUUUGUUUCAUGGCAUGCAACCUGGUUCGUGAUAAAACAGGAGUAGACUAGAUUCAAAUUUUGUGUCUUUAACUUGUUCAACUUUUAGGAAUAGGUAUAUAGGAAAGUAGAUCCAGGAAACAGUUCCAGAGUUUUGCCGCUUACUUUGUGCUGAAGGCUGAAAAGGAUAGAUAGUUUUCCAAAUUGUAGGAAAACCACUCCCUUUAUUUCAGGAUGAGCUCGCUUGCUGGAUUGUUUUAUUUUUUUCUUACAGUUGAAGCCUGUACUAAUCUGGUUAGAAAAAAAAAAAUCUUUUAAGGAAAAAGAACUGAAAUGAUAAACCAAAGAAGCAAAAGAGUAUAUAUGCUAAAGAUUAACCACAAUCUAGAAGGUUCACAAUCCAUCCGAUAGAAAGGAUGAUGAUACUGCUUUCUAAAUGUUGUAAAAUUGAGAUGAUUAUUUUGUUGACUCCUUCCAUAUUGUCUUAAAUACAGAAGGCUAUGUUUAGCUAUUUAGCGCAUGAAACCAGCAUUCCAAGGUGUAGAUCAAUCUUUGCAGUCUAGGUGACCAAGAAAAAGCAAUCUGGAAGCCAUAUUUUUCAAAUAGAAGAUUCAGACAAUGCAACUAUAAUGUUCAUAAGACUAUAUUUGCAUUUAAUUCCAUUUAAAAAUUGUAUAUGUUCCCUUUUCAAGUAAUUUUUUUUUUUUGUUUUAUGGUUUCUGAAGUUGGAUAUCUUUUAGUUCUGUGAUCUUCUUAUCGUUGACUCCAGAAUUGGGACUCAUCCAUCCUAUACUGCAAUUAUGAUAAGAGCUUUCUCCUGAGGCUAGCUGAAGGGCUUGUAGAAGUUGAUUUCAAGUUUUGAGUAGCUGGAGCCAAUGUUAGCAAUUGUCACAUCCCCAAGCCUCCAUUGAUUGUCAUUCUGUAUCAAGCUUUCCCCUGCAGCAACUUUGUAACCUUGUAUCUGCUAUCCAGAAACGGGAGUCCUAAGCAGUCUGGUUAUAAGAUGACUGAAGUUUCAAGUUCGUGCAUUUUUUUCAGUGGCACAUGUUGUUUUAACAAAAUUUAGCAGCACUCUAUUAAUCAAUUGAAAAUGGAGAUUAAAGAGUCUGAGAGGAUAGUUGUAGCUAAACCAGUUGCUUCAAGGCCUACCUGUUCCAGUUUUAGGUCUUUCUCUGAGCUCCUUGCAGGUGCCAUCAAUGCCUCGCCCCCAACCCCAUGUCCUGAAACUUCUUUUGCUGCCAUUAGACCAAAGACAGUGAGGUUCAAACCUGUGGCAAACCGUGCUCCAAUUGGGGUGGUUUCUUCCCAGGCUCAAGUAUCUGGAACAGAAGUUUGUAAUUCAUCUGAUAAGGUUUUGAAAUCAGACAGCAAACCCACUGUGGUAUACAAGCCCUUGGCAAAGCUUGUAUCAAAGACAACUGUUUCUCUGCUAGCAAAUCUGGGGAGCUCCAAUAUGAGCCACCAGCAAACACUAGCACAGGUGGAGGCCCGUGUUCAACCUCCAAACCAAGAUAGACAACAUUCCAGACCUCACCUUAGCUCAAAUCUACAUCAGACUUUUCCAUCUCAAGAAGAAACAGAUAGAACAAGCGAGCCCUCUAAGACAGCAUCACAGAAUCUGGAAGAAGAUCAGAAACCUUUGCUGCCCUCAAGCAAUGGGGACCGACCUUCCUAUGAUGGAUAUAAUUGGAGAAAAUAUGGCCAAAAGCAAGUCAAAGGAAGUGAGUAUCCCAGAAGCUACUACAAGUGCACAUACCCAAGUUGUCCUGUGAAGAAGAAGGUAGAAAGAUCAUUGGAUGGGCAGAUAGCAGAAAUUGUCUACAAAGGUGAGCACAAUCAUUCAAAACCUCAACCUCCUAAACGCAAUUCAUCAGGGACUCUGGGGCAGGGAUUUGUAUCUGAUGGAACUGGUCAAGAUACCAACAACCCAGCAUGGGGUACCCGCCUGAAUGAGAGGAAUGAAGGUUCUGAAGGUAGAAUUGAAAAUCAGAAUGAAGUUGGAUUAUCCACCCAUUCAACAUAUCCAGGCAAAGCUCCACUAAAUUAUGAUUCUGGUACAACUGGAGCAUUAAAGGCAGGUGGUGGUACUCCAGAUAAUUCUUGUGGUCUUAGUGGAGAUUGUGAGGAAGGAAGCAAGGGAUUGGAGCCAGAGGAAGAUGAACCCAGGAGUAAGAGAAGGAAAAGUGAGAAUCAAUCCAGUGAAACAGUCAUUGUAGGGGAAGGUGCACAAGAACCACGUAUUGUUGUGCAAAAUUCUACAGAUUCUGAGAUUCUGGGUGAUGGCUUUCGCUGGAGAAAAUAUGGCCAGAAGGUUGUGAAGGGAAAUUCAUAUCCCAGGAGUUACUAUAGAUGCACCAGUCUCAAGUGCAAUGUGCGCAAGCAUGUGGAAAGAGCAUCAGAGGACCCAGGGUCAUUUAUCACAACAUACGAGGGAAAACAUAACCAUGAUAUGCCAACCAGGAAUACAAAUGCAGCAACCUCUGAACCAGAUAUGCAGGCCCAUACGAAUAAAGAGAAACCAUGAAUGAUAGCGCUGUGAAAAUCGAUUAUCUAACGAAGUAUAGUUAAAAAAAAGUCCAGUUGGAACAGAAAUCAAACAACCAGAGCUAUUCUGACGCUGGCCAUGACUAUUCCACUUUAACAUCCUAUCUUUUUCCCUGGGAAUUUCAUAUGUGAAGCCUUCUUGAUGAAGAUAAUUUUGUGUGGAAUAUAAUAAGAAUUUUCAGAUAGGUGGAGUUAUCAUCUGUUUUAGCUUUUUCUCCAA